AUUGUCUUUCUGCUCGCGAUCAUCUGCGCACGCCGACUCUUGGAGUCCAUAAGCAAGACGGACGCCUCCGCGAUGCCUCCUUGACACCUGAUAGUCUGCUCACGUCCCGUCUCUGCUUCAUUCUGCCGCGCCUCUUCAACAUGAAGGCCGCCCCUCUGUUGGCAACUUGGCCCUGCUCGCCGUCCCUGGCGUCCUGGCGGGCCAAUCGCCGAGUCUCUAGGUCGACCCCGACACCAUCUCACCCUGUGUCAUGUGGGAGGACAAUGCCAACGACCUGGUCUGGGAGGAAGUCCGCGACUUCUGGAACAUCACCCCCGAGGAGUUCUCCCGCUGGAAUCUCUCCGUUGGCCUCGACUGCAAGUCGUGGCGCAUCCAGUCCUACUGCGUCGUGCCCCUCGCGCGUCUCCCAACUACCACCACCUCGUCUAAGGCGCCGGAGACCACGAUCGCCGCCACUUCCACCGCUUUGACCAGCACCCUCGGCCCCUCGCCGACCAGCUGGUCCGCUUUGGGCUGUUACACGGACGAAAACACCAAGUACGCGGCCCUCGAGGAGCGCGUGACCGACGAGGGCGGCGACGACAAUCUCACCAUCGCCACGUGUUAGGAUGCCUGCUAUGAGGCCGGCUUUAUCUUUGCGGGAGUCAAGGCUGGGAACGAGUGCUGGUGCGGCGACGCUGUUCUUGGUGACCUCGCGGAGAACGCCAGCGACUGCGAUACCUCUUGCUCUGGCAACAAGACAGAGAUCUGCGGCGGCAGCAAGCACCUCAACGUCUUUGAGCCCGCCGACUGCUUCUGGGGCGAGGCCUCAACCAGGACCGAGACCAAUACCGAAACACAGUCCAAGAUACAGACACAAACGACACAGACCGAGCCAGAGUCGGCGACGGCUGUGCCCGAUGAGGACUCGUCCGCCCGACUUCAUGGCUGCACCGGGUGCAUGUACCUGCUGCUGAUGACCACUGUCGGAUGGUUGGGCUUGUUCGUACUGAUGUAGAGAUAUGCCGU